AUGAUACAGAACUUAAAUGACGACGAGGGUGGCGGGGAGCCUUCGGAAGACGAGUAUGAUGCCCUCAACGAUGAAACAUUUGGACAGGAUUCUGAAGAGUUUGACUGGGAGUAUGAACACGAGCAGCUGGCCGGACAACUUGAGAGCAGUCGAAGGAAUGCAGCACUUGAUGAUGCUGACUCAAGGCUCGAGGCAUCGCUUUCUCAGCUAGUGUUGGAUGAAACAGAUGCUCCACGCAGCCUCGGCUCAAGUGUGUGGAGACAUGAUGUUCCUUUUCCAACACCAACAACGCCAGUACAGCAGCCGGCGCUCAAAAAUGUUUGCACAGUGGAGGAAUUGGAGAGACAGCUACGACAGAAUCAACAACAGACAUACACACAGAACUACUUUCAACCGCGGUUCCCACCAGUUAUACUUCAACGGCCGCCAGGUCUUCAAGCGCCGUUACCGAUUCCGUUCGCACCACAACAAUCUAUGGCACAUAAUAUGAAUCAAAUGAACCAGCCGUUGAAUAAAAUUAUUGGACAAAACUCACAAAUCAACCAAAUCGGCCAAUCGAAUAUGAUGAAUCAUAUGAACCAGAACAUAAAUCAGAUCGGUUCUAAUAUAAAUCAGAUGAAUCAGAAUGUAAAUCAGAUGGGUCAAGGUGUUAAUCAAAUGGGUCAAAAUGUGAAUCACAUGGGACAAAACGUUAUGGGUCAAAAUCAAAUGGGUCAUAAUGUUAACCAAUUCAUGCAAAAUUCAAACCAGAUGAAUCAGUUUCAAAACAACCAAAUGGGACCGGCGAUGAUGAAUCAAAUGCACAACAUGAAUCUUCAUCCCAUGAAUCAGAACAAUCAAAUGAUUCAAAACCAAAUGGGUCAAAACAUGAAUCAGAUGGUACAAAACUCUGGUUCUAACGUGAAUCAAAUGAAUCAGGGGGGUCAGAACAUGAAUCAAAUGGGUCAAAACAUGAACCAAAUGGGUCAAAAUAUGAAUCAGAUGGGUCAAAAUAUGAAUCAGAUGGGUCAAAAUCAGAUGAUCCCAAACGGUAAUCAGUUUGGCAUGAAUCAGUUCCAACAAAUGAUGGGUCAGCCUCGAAUGUUGGCGCCGCCCCCUGGUAUGAAUAUGCCAAGACAAAAUUUUGGCAAUAAUAUGAAUCAAUUUAAUACUAAUUUUCGUGGACAAAUGCAAUCAAAAAACGAUCAGCAAAUAUCACAACAGAACAUGAUUAUGAACCACAAUAAAAACCAGAACCAGAUGAAACCGAACCAGCUCUCACCUAAACAGAAACCGGUUCAGAAUUUGAACCACAUCCAGAAUAUGAACCAAGUUCAGAAUAAAAUGCAGAAGAGCCGCGUGUAUAAUAAUAAGAAUUUAACAUCUCAGAACCUGGUUCAACUUAUUCAGAAUACGCAUCCAAUGUUGAAUUUCAACAACAGUUUUCAUAACGCCAGCCAUCAUCCUAUACUCAACAGAAAUUUCAACAAUCAACUGAUGAAACAUCUCAUGUUUGACAACAGACAGAAUGGAAAUUUUUCCAACACAACCAGCAGAGUAAACACCUCAAUUGAUGGAGAAAUUGACGAAUAUGCAGGUCUAAUGACAGCCAGAGAAAAACAAUGGCUUAUAAAUAUACAGAUGUUGCAAUUAAAUACUGGAACACCUUAUAUACAUGACUUCUAUUAUACUGUUUUCCUCGAGAGACAGGCGAGUAAGGAAAAGGAAGGCAUUAAGGAAGCACAUAAGGCUAACCAACAGAAUCAUCCCUUCUACAGCGGAGGCAAGCAAGAAGACAGUCACGCCAUGAGACAGAGGGAAAGACACAAUUCACAUCGACAUAACUCAACCGGGGAAGAUCCUAGGACUUAUGUACCUACACAGUUUGAAAACUCACUCGGGAAACUACAGUGUGGUAGUGUGACGGCUCCUAGGAAAAUCAUUGACGUUGAAGUGGUUGGGGCGGAGCCCGAGCAGCGAGCGAGCAGGGCGCCCUCUGUGGCUAGCAACAACCCCGCUGAGGUUCCACGUGAGAUGAGAAGGACUAAACAACUGCUUCUUGAUAUUGAGGCGUUGUAUCUGAUACUGCUGAGACUUGAAGAACUUAAUGACCCCUUGGCGAUAUCUAAUGCUUUAAUAUUGAAGGAAAGAGAAGAAAAACAGAAGCAAUUAGAAGCAGCGCAGAAAGAAGCAGAAGAUGACGAUGAUGGAAACUUAUUCCUUAAGAAUAUAGAAUCUGUACAGAGACGACCCAAACAGGACAGUCCAAAGAGCGAAAAUAUUGAUAAGAGACAGGUCGUGAAUUUAACAACAAAUCAGAAACCUCAACCGACAAAGAAUCUUUUAGAUGAAGAUAAAGAAGAUCUACUCAAUAAGAUGUUCUCCGGACUACUGCAUGGAGAAAGAAUACAACAAAUAUUAGCUGUUAGGAAGGGGAAGUCACUCCUGGCUCGUUUCCUGGCCCGCACGCCCGACACUCACCCUCGUCUGCGCCCUCUAUGGUCAAGGGUGCUCCGCUGUCUGCCGACCGCAGCCCGCCGCGACGAAGGCGGCGCCCUAUUAUCUCUGGAGCCCCACUUCCGGCGCUACGCCCUCGCGGCGCCCGGCUGGCCGGCGGUGGCGGAGUCCUGCGCCGCGCUCGCCGAAGCCCUAGACCCUUCCCGCGGUCACCACGCGCUAGACACGCGACUGACUUUAAGCUGCGUGUGCGCACUCACAGAAAAGGCGAUGAUGUUAACAGGAGUGUUGGAAUCAUCCGCCGGAGAGCGGCAGUGGUAUAGAUUCCUCAAGAAUGUAGCGAAGGCCUUAAGACAAGCGCCCAGUGUGGCCCCGCCGGCAAGGCCCGUGGCGGAGCCCCGGCUAACCGCGCAUCUAAAGCGAUUAGAAGCCCGCGCGGGGCUUGAAAUACUUCAACGCGGCGCUACUAUUGAAUUAUCCGCUAAAGAGGCCGCGGAACACCUCAUAAGACACCUAUGCUGA